ACUGACGACGGCACUGACGUCAUACGCUGUUUACGACAGAUGCCUGCUCCCGUUGAACAGCCCACUAGGUACUUGGUGGGAUUUUUUCCGUCUAACGGUUAGAAACACUUACGGGCGAAUGGAGGAAUUACAGUUGAAUGAAAUAGUCCUGCGCAAUUGAGGAAACUGAAAUGCCAUAAAGCAAAUAGACAUUUCCCUCCACCGGGGAGGAAGGUUCGCAUCAGAAAUGGCAACAGAACUCCAUGAAACCAUAUUCAUGGCCAAGCAGGAGCGCCACAAGAAUCUGUUUCUCAACUACAAAAACCUGAAUAUUUUUCCUGUGGAGCUGUUAAAAGACGAAGGCCUGCAGUUUUUGGAGAGACUGUACAUGAAGAGGAACUCACUGACUACGCUGCCUGACAAUCUGGCUCAGAAGCUCCCGAAUUUAAUUGAGCUGUAUUUGCACUCAAACAACAUAGUAAUUAUUCCAGAAGCUAUUGGAAACCUGGCCAGGCUGCAGUCUCUGGACUUGAGCAAUAAUGCACUCCAGCUCCUGUGUCCUGAGAUUGGGCGAUUGAGGUCCCUACGCCACCUGCGACUGUCUAACAACCACCUGAAAUGCCUUCCUCCUGAGAUUGGAGACCUGCAGGAACUGGAGACUCUUGACGUGUCUAUGAACCAGUUGAUGUCUCUACCUGAUCGGCUGCACCGCUGUCUGUCACUUCAGAACCUGACAGUGGACCACAACCUGCUCAGCCUUGUACCUCGCCAGAUGUGCUGGCUUCACCGCCUCAACCAGCUCUCCAUGGCUGCUAAUAGACUGACCUUUUUGCCCCUUGAUCUGGGCAGAUCACGGGAGCUGCAGUUUGUGUUUGUGGACAACAACGUGGAUCUAAAAGGCCUCCCCUCCUAUUUGUACAACAAGGUCAUCGGUUGUAGCGGAUGUGGCAUGUCAUCUAACGUACUUGAGGGUGAUCUUGGGGAGGUGCUUAGUGAGGCUCUGGUUGGGCUUCCAGCUGAAGUCAAGGCUGUUGGCUCAGAGAAGGAUAAUGUGGUUCCCCUGGAGGAGCUCGCCAUGAGGGCCUUACACCGCAUUUACCACAACUGUCCAACGGAUCUCAACCUGCUGCCUCCCAUCACCCUCCCAAAAAGCUUACUGGAUCUGCUUCAGUUCCCUCUGGGACAUUGUCACCGCUGCAGCCAAGCCAUGUUCACCAUCAUCUACCCCAAACUCUUCCCACUCCGUGACACUGCAUUGGCAGGAGUGCACCGCAGGUCAACUGUGAGUUUUGUAGCUUAUUGCUGCUCAAGUCACUGCCUCCGGAGCUUUAACCUCCAGGGCUGACCUGAUUUGUGAUGGGACAUGUACAGGUGGCUCCAAAGCAACAUUUGAACACAGAGACAGACCAAAACCUGCAUGGUGGAGUUUUGUAAAACUAGUGUAUCUUCAUUUAUGUUUCUCACAUUACAAUAAUGAUGGAUUUAUCUUACAAUAUGAACAUUUGGUUUUACCCAUAUUACUGAAGAACAUACAGUACAAUUUAUAACUGCUUUCUGUGAUAUAAUGUCUUUGAGGAUGUCCUUCAUGUCUCCAUAAAGAAUCACAUGCAGCAGAUGCUUGAAAUGGAAACCACAAUUAGGAAACACAUACAUACUUUAACAUCCACAGACGCAUCAGUUCAAACAAAGGUUUCUAUUACUGUGUUGUACAGUUGUAAUUUAUAAUUAGCUUUGUUUGUGUUGCAGUAAAGGUUUACUGAUGUUUAA